GUGAUUUCAUUCGUUGUUCUUUCGUAGUGUUUCACUCGAAUGGCAUCGUAUUGCGAAUCUAAGAGAUUUUUUUUGUGUUUCUAGUGUUAAUGAUAAACAAUAGAUCGCUCUAUCUUAAUGAUUACGACAAACAAUCACAUUAUAAUAUAUUAAGAGUAGCUUGUGUUACUUUAAAGAUGAAGAAAAUAUUUUUUAUUCUGUGACCUUUUUACAUUCUGAAGUGUCAAUAUGGAUCCUUAUGAAAUGAAUUAAUAUACAGUAGUGACAACCAAAAAGUGAUUUCUAAACAUUUUAUGACCAGCUCUGUCAAACAAUGGGGCCCAAAAAGGCUCCGCCAUAAAACUAUUAAACACUUAUUUGUUUUGCCCGCCAUAAAACAAUUAGGAAGAUAGGAUUGAUGACAUCAAUACAAAAAAAGUUAUAUUCGAGGAUGGUGCAGGAGCUUAAGAAUACAGUGAGGGCAUCAAGCGAUGAACGAAGGGUGGAAAGAGAUGCGAGGUGGAAUCACGGAUCAGCUGCUGUUAGGUCGGCAGAAAUUGAAUUGCUCGCGUUCAGCUAGUGAUCGGGUGGCUUAUGUGGCUUGUGAUGUGUGUACGAGAUGUCCGGCAAGCCGGCGAGUGUGGGGCCGCCGCGAGCGGGCGUGGCUGGCGCGCCUCGCGUGCUGGUGUACGUGGCGGAGGCGCGCCAGCUAGAGGCGGCUGCCGCGGGGCCCGACCCGCAGCCUCCACCGCUUGACACCCUCUACCUCCAAGAUAACGUGCCGCACCUGCCUAUGCCGAGAAACAACCUGUACCGAAACCCCAUCGAACAGAACGAUCAGAGAACUGGUGCACUUUACUAUAAAUCCAUCAAUGAUAAUGAAUCUAAAAUAAAACCAUUCGAAUCGGAAUCUACACAGAGGGAAGAGUUCUACACAACUCCACAUUUUAUGAAAGAUAAUGUUAGAAAUGAUGAUAAAGCUAAUGAUAGGCAAAGCAGUGUGACGGUUAAAAGAGAUUGUGAAAACUCUGAGUGGAAUAAUAUAGAUUCAUACCACGUUAGAGUUCCAAUGCAAGUUGGAGACGUUGGGGCAUAUCAGAGAUGUCCAGUAAGUGUAGAUAACAUGCCCGUAAUGCCGAUUGGGCAUACCCAGUUCAAUGAUAGUGGUAGUGAUAUGAACUGUGAGAGGGAGGUGUCGGGGAAGAGUUUUGUAAACUAUCAGUUGUUAGAACAGAGUGUGACUCAUCAGUCUAUAGUGAAUCAAAGCAUAAAUAUACUGAACCAGCAGAUUGGUGUGAAUAGAUCUGUAGUUAGUGAGGGUGAUAGUAGCCCGCCACAGCUCAUACAGACACCAGAUGGUGUUGUGCUUGCGGUGCUCCCACCCUCGGCUGUACCCCAGACGGAAGGUGAUGUUAGAGCUGUGCAUAGUGAAUAUCCACAAACAAUUACCGUGCCGCUGGGCUGGCGCAGAAUUGUGAAUGGGACAUCUGUUCUAUAUGUUAGUCCAAGCGGUACAGCUCUGAGUAACUACACUCAGCUGCGGGAGUACCUUCAGACGGCCGGUACCUGUAAGUGCGGCCUGCCUUGCCCGCUGCGACCGGAAACCGCCUUCAGUUUCGAUCCUAAGGUAUCGAGUAAGCCUUACCAAGUGGCUGCUGGCGCGGAGCUGACAAAGCUUUGCAAUCAUAAGCGGAAACUUUUGGCCUCCCUGCAGUCGAGGGUCCAAAGUCCAGUAACUCCGCCACCGGCCAUCGAUCAGAAGAAAGCAGCGACCGCUGAAACUACUAAGAAGAAAAUGAAGAAGCGUUCCGGUUUCAUACCUAACAUCAGCGUAUCCCAAAUGAUGGUGCAAAGGGAUAGACCCCUCAACGAGUUGAAGGCUGAUAAUGAUCAGAAGCGGACUGCGUCCCCGGGAGCCAUGUCCCAACGUCCCGGCAAUAUGCAGUCUUGCUUGCCGUAUCAACAGCAAAACAUGAUGAAUAUGGUACAGGAUGAGGUUAAACAAGAAACCCUUGUACAAAGAAGUUCACAUUAUCUGACUGUUAGCAGUGGAUGGAUAACACAACAUCCUGACAGUAUGGAAUCUGGACACAAGCAGAAUCAAAUUAUCGCAGGACCUGGAAAUAAUUCAGUGCAUGUUGGCCUUCCAGUGCUAGGCACUAAUGGGCAAGUUAUUGGAGUGAAUACCUCAUAUAACAAACACGUUACGAAUAUCAAGAAUACUGUUAACCUCACACCGCAAAAUGUAAUGGAACAUGAGCGCAAAGAAGAUAAAGACAUAAAUCCCGGUAAACAAUCAUCGAAAGAAGACGACUCGCAAAUAUUCUACGGUUUGAAUCAGCCCCUAACACCUGAGGUGAUGCAAAAGAUUAAUGAACAGCAGCAAAUAUUUAUACAAAGAAACCAGAAACAAAUCGAAGUAAUGAAGGGCUAUAAAACCCAAAUGUCAGACAAUGUAACUCAAAACAAACCUCAUAACCAAAAUCAGUAUGUCCCACAGAACCAGUUAGUUAUUCAAAAUGGAACGGUAGUAAAAACAAAUUCUGCAAAGACACCACCGUGGCAAGUGAAGAGGGUAGAUAAUACAUCGAAUGCCUUAAUAUGUCCCAGCCCUAAACAGCUAAAAAUUGAGAAUUCUGAAUAUGAAGAUUCUAAUCCCAAUCCCAUGGAGGAUUCUUCGCCAUCGGGUUCGUUUGCGAACAAUGACCAGAUGAUGAACCCAGCUAUGUGUUCCCGAGUUCCUCCUCUACCGCAACAUUACAACAUGAUGGGACAGCAAUGGCCAAAUGUUGAUAAUAAAAAGAAAGCUAGAUGUAACAGCAAAACUUCUAAGAAGAAAGCCGCUGCCAAUGACCCUAAGAAUAUGAACUUUGGUAACAAUGGAUUGAGACAUAUGCAAGACGUCAAAGGCAAGCCUUGUGAAGAUAUAAUGAGAAAUAACGUUCCUUCGUUCAUGGAAGAUCCUAGUGGUUAUCUAGCACAACAAACAGUACUUUUGAAUAACACUAUAUCGAGACAGGUAGGUGUGAAUGUUCCAUAUGAAGCUAACCAGUUUGAGAACUCCGGAAAUUCAUAUAACACUUUGAAUCCAACGGACAAGAAAAAUCUCCCGAAGCAAAGUGAACCCAUGAAUGUGUUUAGAAAUAAUGUUGUAGCUAAUUCAACACCAUCCCCAAACAACGCUCCUGAUAGUAGUCUUAUACCAGAGAAAGUCGUUGAAAAUAAUCUACAGUCAUGUUGCAAGGGCUGCAAUGUUUCCUACAAAGGCAACUGUUCCGAUACUUCGGAUAACCCGAUGCGCUCAAAGUUAUUAAAACAACAUACUAAUGUUUAUGGUCUCGAAAUGGACAGUGGGGUGGCCACAACGUCUAGUCCUAAACAUGGAUUCGAAGAUAAUCCAGUUACAUCAUCAACCUAUAUAGAUCGUAGUAUGAUGUUAAAUGAUAAUUGCGGUCCGAUACAAGCCGGUAUUGUUAGCACUAGCAAUGUGUCACCGAGUGAGACUCUGCAACAACCGGAGCCUUCACCUACAUUGUCUAAUAGCUCCCGUAAUACGGACACUCCUCAUAGUAGUGGCAGCAAUUCAAUGCAAAACUGUACAUUCCCUGUUCCUAGUCCAGCCUAUUCCAAUCCAGGUUCCAGCAGAGAUAACUUUAAUAGUAAUCCUUCUCCUCCAGGCAGUAAUCAGCCAUAUCCGUACAAUACCGUAGGGCCACCCAAUACAGAAUCGGUAUCCGGAAAUCAGGUUAUGCAUUUCAUAUCAAAUCACAAUAUCCACAAAAAUCUAAUGGAAGUGAAUAACAUAUCAAUGGUUGGUGUCAAACCUGGAAUGAGGAGCCAAGAAUAUAGAAUUGAUGGCAAGAAACGUAUUGAAAAUACAAUGCCCGGUUAUUGUCCGCCCCCACAUCUAGGCGGGGGUCCGGCACAUUCCCUUAUACAAACUUGUUACAUACAAACAAUUGUUACGACUAUGGCUAGCGGUUUUUCCGUUACAAGGGAUACUGUAACAUCAGUUCUAGCGGGAAAAGCUAAUACUGCGACUACCUCUAUAAAUGCAUCACAAGCAAAUUUCAUAAGAACUCCGCCGCCUCCAAGUGUCAAUUUGGCGACGACCUAUGCUAUACCGAAUAAUCAGCCCGAUCCCUUUAUUAACUCUGUUAAUUUGCCAACAAGUUAUCCGCUGCACAUCGCCGGUACAACCGCGCAAAAUAUGAUAUCAAAAUCGCCUUUGGAGAUGGUACAAAAUGUUAUAAGCAGUUUACCUUCCAAGCCGGAGGCGAGCAAUUGCCAAUCGACCAUAGCGCAGAGAAGAUCGUGUUCCAACUCAUCCGGUCAGAUACUUAUUUCAUCGACCGGUCAAAUAAUUGUGUCAAACAAUCAAAUGCCGCCACCUCCUCCUAAAAAUACAACCACGAUGUCACCAAUUGGUUCUAACGCUAUAACAAAUGUGACCACUUCAGUUACUCAAGUCGUACCAGCUGUUGGCAAUGUUCAACCGAUUGUCAAUCAACCGACUGUCGUGGUAAAUGCAUUGCAAACUCCUUUCGUUAUUCAACCUCCCAUGAUGGCUGUUGAGGGACAAGUCGUCCAACCGAAUACCGUCCUCCCUCAAAUAGUAACUGGAGGCAUCGUGUCUGGACCCAACGAAAUUUCACGGCAAAUUGAUAUGAAGAAUGGACAAAACUUCGUCCAAGGUGUGGCCAUGCUUUCUCCUGAAAGUUUAAAGAAGAGAAGUAAAAAGAAGAAAAAUCAAACGGCGAAUAUAACGAACGUUCUGCAAAUCACAGCACCGCAACAGAACCCAAAUAAUAUCAUGGUACACUCAUCGCCACAACAUAAUUCUAGUCCACAGUUUUCGCCACGCGGUUUUCAAUUGUCGCCAACAAACAAUAUAUCGCCGACGCCGAUGUUGCAAGCACUAACUAUCGUACCUGGGAAGUCCGGUACUCCAGCACAUAUUGUAAUGAACGGCCAAGGGAAUUCAAAUAACUUUGGAUCUCAACAGAUAAUCACAAACACUUCACCAUCACAACAAAUUAACUUAUUACAACCAGUCAAUCUAAUCAAUAACGCCAGUAAUGUGAUGUCAAAUUUCCCGGCGUUCCAACAAUUUAUUCUGCCAAAUCUCGGCGGUAUGGUAAUGACAGCUGAUGGCACAGCGAUCAUUCAAGACAAUUCAACAGGAAUGCCUAUGCAAUUACAAUUGCAAACGGUAAACGGACAAAACGUUUUAACGCCUGUACAAAAUCCUGGAUUAUUUACCGCCGGGAAUAACAGCGGUGUCGUUAUAAGAGCACAAAACCAGCAAGGAAAAAUAAUACAAUCGCAACACAGCCCUGGUGCUCAAUUUUUGUCCCCGAACAGUCAAGUUAUGGUCAACAGUCCCAACUUCAACGGACAGCUCAGCCCUUUACUUGCGAAUCUUAGUCCAACUAACGUCGCGUUCAAUAGUUCGCAAGUGCGAGCGGGGAACGUCCAAACACAGGAGUUCAUCCAGACGAAUCAAAUGGGCCAAACAUUAAUGGUUCCGUUGUCCCCGAAACCAGUUCCCAUAUCCGCUAGUAACAGAAACUCCACUUUCGUCCAGAACACGACUAUAGUUCAACAACAGACAACACUAGUUUCCAACUCUCAUAAUACUUCGAUGAACAUGAACAAUACCUCUCGAUUGAGCAUCGAUCCAAAUGUGCUUCUUACUCAGAAGGUCGGGAAGAGGUUUCCUCAAGAAAAUCAGGAAAUAAAGGACAAGAUCCUACCGUUUGAUGUGAAGGAAGAUAAAGAGGAUAGCGAAGGUUACGCCCGUUUAAUGCAGGAGUUGGGUGGUGUAAGACAUUCCGUUUCGACUCAGACUUUGGGUCAAAGAGGGGGUAAAUCCCCUAACACAGCCGGGGGUUCCCCACCAGAUACUACGACACACAGUCCGUUGGGAGCCUUAGAUUCCGCUCCAAGCCCAAGAUUAUAUUCCGCAGCAACUCACGCUACCUACGCCGAUACCACAACCAAAUCACCCGAACCCGCGGAUGUUCAUUCUUCGGCGAUGGUGCAAUGUGUGUCCAGCAGUGAACAAGACAUGGCUGAGUCAAGGGAACGAGCGUGGCCUGUGAGGAACGAAGAAACAGACUCACACAAUCUAAUGUCAAACAUACAGCUUAUGAGGUUAAACCGCCACAACUCUGUGGAGUCGAGCGAGAUGUACCACGGCAUGGCUGCGAACCAGCAAAUGAUGCAAAUGCCGUACGAAAGACCUCACAGCUACAAACGGAAAAACGACUUCGGGGACGGCUCAUCGUAUAGGAACGACAAAAUUAUGAGGACCAAUUAUAACAUGGUCCACGUGCCCAAAGAAUACGACAUGAACCAGGACAAACAGAGGAGAUUCUCGCCCGGCAGUUCGGAGAGCAUGCAGAAAGUAUUCGAUAGACAUUUAGGCUCGGAAGACGAUACAGAGGAUAAUUACCGGAGAUUCGAAGUCGGCGAUCUGGUAUGGGGGCCGGUUAAAGGUUAUGUCUCGUGGCCGGGCAAGUUGGUGUCGCGUGUGUCGGACACCAGCUGGAGUGUCCGGUGGUUCGGUGGCAGGCCUACCAGCGAAGUCGAACACUCCAGACUGUUGACACUCUGCGAGGGUCUGGAGGCGCAUCACGCGGCACGGAUGAGACACAGGAAGAGCAGAAAACUAAAUACGCUAUUAGAGAACGCCAUACAGGAGGCAAUGGCUGACUUAGAUAAGAAGACGGAAAAUAACGACGCUGAUGAUUUACAAGAGGAUGUAUCUGAUGUAACAGACACUACUAAAAGGAAAACACCCAAACUUAGGAAACACAAGAAAAACCCAUCCAAAGUCGACGGAACCCGUUUGAGGAGCUCGCGAUGACGUCACAAUGUUCGUUAAAACAAAAUCAAUUCUACCCCCAACGGUGGUACGAAACAACGGAAUAGAAUUAUUAAAUGUAUUGAAAUUAAGCAAACCGUUCUAAUGUAAAGUUACGUGCUUUGCGAUAAGGAAUGCAGUUUUUAUUAAUAACAAUUAACGUAAUAGAUUCGUAUGAAAUAGUUAAAUUUAAUCCAUUAUUAAUAUACCCGAAUGCCUAAUAUCAGUAGUGUUUAAAAUAAUGUAACAUCUCUUAUCGAGGUUCCUAAGUCCAGGAGAGCUGUUCUCUGUAAAUAUUUCAUAUUUCGAUGUUUUAUAAUAAUAAAAAAAUUAAUAAAUAUUAAAAUUAAAUUAAUGGAAAUUUUAGCAGCUAGAUAGUAGACGUGAUUGAAUCACUUUAGUUAAGUUACAGAUCAUAAGUUUUAAUCGUCGUUCUGAGAUUCUUAUUAAUGCUAAAUGUUUCCUAAUUUAAACUAUGAAAUUCGCUGUUCCUGUACAUAGUAGAGGGGCAGCCUUUAUAAUUUAAAAGAGAAACAAUAAAAAUUAUAUUGCUUUUAAAACUACCCUCAAAAUUUAUGUAAUGGAUACAUUCUAUCUCUUUCCUUUUGGCGGCGACUAAAAGGGAUGGCUCAUAGGUUUAAUUGGGCCCCGUCGGGUUUUUAUAACAAUUUUCAUCGACAUUUUGUACAAUUUUAACGAUUUAAAUGUAAAUUAAUAAGAGUGUGCUAUAUAUAUCGUGUACAUUACAUAUUUUUUUUUUGUUUGUUUGUUAGAAAAUAACAUGAUUUCUAGUCAAAAUAUUGAGCAUAUUAAAUUGUAGAUAUUGCGGAUGGAGAUAAUUGACAAUAAAACGGGCCUGGCGACCUACUUUACAUAAAUAAAUGCAGUAUUUAUUUACUUUCUAACAGUAUAAUUGUUUGCUGUAAUAUAAUUAUUUUUAAAGACUCAAUAGUUUUAAGGUGACGUCGAUGGGACGUGAGGCGACUGGUGUCGGAUUCAUAGCAGCGCGUAUAUCAUUUGUGUACUUAAUGUAUUUGAGUGUUCCAUAAUGAUGCUUUGGAGGGGGGAGAGGGGUAUGGAGACAAUAUUAUAUAUAAUCUGCUAGUCCCUCGAUCCGCAGUCGUAUUCCGAGUCGCAGGAUUAAAAUAUAUUUUAAUAUAAGUUAUAUAUAUAUGUAUAUAUAUUUUUUUUUGUUAAAAAGAAGUUAUUAUUUUAAAACAUUUUAUUCUUAAUAAAUAUAAUAUUUAUACUAUAAUUUAGGCCUAUAUUGUUAGUAUGUUUAGUUUCCAUGACAUUUGUAAAAAAAAAAAGAAACAACAAGGCCAUAAAUGUCAUCGAAUAUCAACAAAGGUUUUAUAUAAUUGUGAUAAACGAAAAGGGAUUAGAACAAUCGAGAUUUAUGUUUACAAGUUAAGCUGAUAUAACAACGGCAUCACAUCAUAUAUGAUUAAUUUUAUAUAAACAAGGGAUUCGGAAUAUAUUGAUACAUUUUUAAAAUGCUUUUUUUAUCAAUAUAAACAUCACAGUACAGUAUAGUUAAUAAAUGUUUUUUCUUAUAGUAGCUAGAUUAUUAGAUCAUGUCGUUCCAUGAUUGUUUGGUAGUCAAUUUGUUAUCAGCGAUCAUUGUUAGAUGUCGGUGUAAUUCGUUUUCAUGGAGCCCGCGACGUAUCGGGCCAAGGCUUACUGUUAUAAAUAUUUACAAUCUAAAGUAGUCCCAUCUAUUGAUUUCAUCGUAUCCGAUAUAUAAUGUGAAAUUUUAAUGCGAUAUUGUUUAUUACGAGGUCGGAUUUAUCGACGGGACGGUAUUAUGUAAAUAUUCGUAUAAUUGUAGUUAUGUAUAGUAUUCUAUUUCAAUGAAAUUAAUGUUUUAUAGACUAAUACAUGUACAACAUAAGAUUAUUUAUUUGUUUUGCUGUGUACAUAUUUUUUUUUCAAUAAAAUGUACCUGUUUUUAAUUUA